UAGUUUGGUUUUCCUCAACAGAGGUCGUGGACUCCUUAGAUAAGAUCUUGGUGACUUGUACAGUCGUGUUCUUAUCGUGCCAAUAUGAAGCUUCACUUGCAAACUUUUGUGUUGUUUUUAUGCUGUAUUGCAAUAACACACGGGAUAAGACGAAAGAGAGAAUGGUGUAGACCGGUGGAGACGGACACGCAGUGUCACAGUGGUAUCUUUGGAAACUUGUGUCACAUGCAAGAUGACAUGUGCUGUUGCCCGCCCAUUUAUCCAGGAAAAAGAGAGACAGGACACUGUGCCAUGGUGUGGGAUUGGAAUUGCCCCCCUCACUGUAGAAUGGUGACGGAUUGUCAGACAAGAUGCCACAUGGCGGGACAGUACUGCUGCUGGUGCACCUCAUCAACUUCACAGCUUAGUUAAAGCACAGUACUGCUGCUGGUGCACCUCAUCAACUUCACAGCUUAGUUAAAGCAACUUACCUAUAUUUACUAAACUACUAGGGAACAUGCAUACAUUUUGAAUAUUUUUUUCGAAAAUAAAUCAUUAUGUAUUCAA